CCCUAGAACGUCAAGGGUUUCGGGAUCCUUGCGGCUCGGGCGCGUAGGUUCUAGGAUUGCGAUCUAGGAAUGAGUUCUUCCGCAGCUCCGGAUCAAGAGGAGGCACAGAGCAAGGCGGCGGCGGCAGCGGCAGCGGUGGCGGCGGAGGUAGAGCAGGGCUCGUCGCCGGAGGUAAACGAUGCGGUGGGAAGUGAGAGCGGAGCGGCGGCUCAAAUUCAAGCCGAGGACAGCGGCAAUGGCCAGGUUGAGGCCGCGGAUGGGAAUUCUCGGGAUGGCGUGUCGGUAGAGAAUGGGGGGAAGGAGGAGGGCGUGGUUUGUCUGGAAUCUCCGGGGCCCCUCUCGGACAUGGAGAAGAAGCAGCGGCGCGCCGAGCGCUUUGGCGUGGGCUUGAAUUUCAGCGAGGAUGAGAAGCGCAAAUUGCGAGCUUCAAGGUUUAACGCCAGUGAUAAGAAAGGUGUGUCGAAAGCUAAAGUUUCGAUUGAAUCAGAGACGGAGAAGAAGAAUGCCCGGGCUGCGAGGUUUGGAACCGCCAAUGUUGCGAGCGCCAACGAAGACGCCAAGAAAAGGGCCCGGCUUGAUCGAUUCUCUGGAGUAGAUUCCAACUUAGAAGCCGAGAAGAAGAAGGCAAGAGCUGCGAGGUUUGCGGCGACAUCAAACGAGGAAAAUCUGAAGAAGAAGCUGGGAACCGACACGACUCCGGUGGCUACUGCAGCGCAGGGAUAGACGCUAACAAUCCGGAUGGACGCUGACAGGAGCUUAUGGGUAAGAGCUUACUGAUGCAUCUUCGCAUCGUCGUCACAAGGUCCUUAGUUUACUGCAUUCUUGGGUGAAUUUUUUGCCUGUUUGACUGCUUGUUUGCUUCUAUUGGCGUAGAGCUUGUAGAGCUUGUAGUGUUCUUUUCGUGUAAUGUAUAAACAGGUGUUCUUCGUUA